AUGAUUGACGUAGCUCAGUAUUUCAUCUGCAUCAGGAACCAGUGCCAUGCAUUUCAGACAUCAUCUACCCAAAGUGGUUUUCUUUGCAGGAUUUUUGUACUUUGCUUUCAGGCUGUUUUCUUUCCUAAUUUUGGGCAUCCAGGAGUUCCUCGCCAUUAUGAUGAAACUUCUCUCCAUUUAAAGAAGAUUGAAGUGGAAACUGUGAAAGUAGUAAGACCUUGGCCAGUUCUGCACAUCAAUACAAACAAGAGUGAAGAUAAAAAAAUGUCAGAGAAGAGCCUUCACCACCAUCCUGUGUCUCCUUCCUCGGUACCAGAGCAUUUGAAAUGUAACAUCCUUAAAGCUCAAAUGGAAGCAGCAUUUCGAGUGGGCACUGCUCAGGUUGAAAAAGAAGAUGCUUCUUUGGUAAACCCUUCCAAGACAUCCAGCCUGCAGGACCCUAACAUGAGAAGUCCAGCUCCUUUAAGGCCAGAGACAACACAGACAAGUGGCAUGCCAGAUAAGCAGGAAGUUAAAGUAUCCCGUGUGAGGAAACUGACGAGGCAGUACAGCUUUGAUGAAGAUGACCUUCCCCCAGCGCUGGCAGCAGCAGUAGCAGCGUCUCCGCCACUCUCAUCUGCAUCUCCUGUGUCACAGAAAACAACGUUGGAAGGACAUUUUUCAUCAUGUACAAAGAGCCCCACAGAUACUGGAAGUACAUUUGCCUUGGAGCCUGGAGAUCUGCUGAUGGAUUUCACAGAAGCCACCCCGAUGAUAAAGACAUUCCCUGCUGCUACAUCUAAUCCUUUUUUCGAUCCUUUUCCAACACUACCACAGUUUUCUGCAGAAUUUAUAGACAGUAAGCUACAAUGCUGUGUUAUACAGUCAUCUCCAAAGAUGUUAUCACCAGUUAUUCCAAUACCUGCAACGAGGUCUUUGGUGGAGACCAUUCCAACUCCAACUGUGCAGACCAUCUAUUCAUCUCACAAACCCAUUUCUCUGGCAGACAGCACUGAGACUUUGAGGCAUGAGCUGGAGCGAGAAAAGAUGAUGAAAAGACUGCUGAUGACAGAAUUAUGAAAAUUCUCACUUCUGUCUCACAUGGAGAAUGGAUUGGGGCCUUUUCUGUGCCUUCUGUCUGUUUACAUUCCUCUGCU